AAAUACAACGAAGGCAUGGAAAAGAAUGAAUUUCACGAAAUUAUGAUGAAAGUUCUGGUUUCAGAUAAAAGCGAUAAGUUAUGUUCGGAAUUUUUCGACCUCUACGCAAUAGAUGGUCGUUUGACAUGGAAUGUAACCUUAAAUGCUUUGAUAAGUGCCUUUCCUUCAAGCUGUUAUGAUCGAGUGAAAUUGGAAUUCUUGGGAAUCGCCAAGAAUGAUCUGACCAAGAGGGACACCAUCGCGAAAGUAUUGAUUAUAGAAACGUCAACACAUUUUUACUACACGGUUUAUUCUAAACACGGAAAAACAGGAAUUUACGAUUCUAAUUUCCUAAAACUGGAAACUUAUCAUGUUAUUAUGACCAGGGAGGAUAUCAACAAGACAGAAAAGGAUAGAAGACGAAGGAAUCGGUGGAUAACUGAUGCAGUAUAUCUUCCAGAUCUUAAGAAAAUAGUGGUGAUUAACACAGCUAGAAGUGUUGUGAUUUAUGAUGUCGCUGGUUUGAAGCAUACGCCAGUAUUUUUAGUUUUAUCCGUGCCGAACAUUCCAAAAUGCAUAACGUACAAAUCUGGAACCCAUAAAUCAGAUCGCCAUCUUUUCAUUGGUGAUGACAGUGGAAGUGUGUUGGUUUUCUCGUUUGUUCAUAAGAAGGAACCUCUCUUCAGAAAGAAGCAUAAUGAUAAACUGAGCCUUCACUAUUGGGAGAAACUGAACGAAGAGAAGGAGUAUGUCAAGAUUUCUCAGAUUAGAAAUAUUCACCAGGAUAUCAUAAGGGAAAUCAUCUACUGUCCAGAGGAUAACACACUAACAACAUGUAGCAGAGAUCCCAAAGCAUCAAUUAUCAAAAUUUUCUUAGAUCAUAAAAACCCGACAAUGAUUUACGAAAUGCCGAAGGGGGCUUCAACAAUGUGCUUCAGUAAAAAAUUGAAUAUUCUGAUCACUGGUAGCUCAGAUGGGACUAUAAGAUUAUGGAAUACUUUGGUUAUAACUAAUGCUAUUGGUGUUAUUAAAGAGCAUGAGUCAGGAAUUAAGAGUAUAAUCCUGCUGGAAACCCUCAAACUAUUCAUCAGUUGUGACAAAUGUGGGAUAGUGAAACUGUGGAGUGUUGAGGAUCAAAAGUGCUAUCAGACGAUCCGUUUGAGUUUUCCAUCUUUACGGGAACAAGGAAAAAUUGUUGAGUGGGCUACUAAUUGUAUGUUCCUCGGCCCAAAAGAGACAUAUCGAUCCGGUUCAUCUUUAAAGUAUCAUAAAAAUUCCAAAAGUGAAGAAUAUAUAUUAGAAAGAACAAACUUAUGGAUAUCCUGCUGCAACUACCUAGCCAAUAUAUCUUUGAUAUUUCAAGAUAACAAGAUACCCGAAGCGUUUAAAAUGCAUCAACUUGAACCUCCUCCAAAACAAAAUAAUGUUUUUAUACCUAGUACUUGGCUUCUAAGCAAAGAGAGUUUUGAAGAACUGAAAGAAAAAAUCGAUUGUGACAUCGUAUAUCCCGAAAAGUUCAAGGAUUAUGAAUAUGUCUACGAAAAAGAUAAGCUGCGAAGAAUGGAACAUGCAAUGAAAAUAAAUCAGAAAAUUGCCCUUCUGGACGAACAGAAAAGAGAGAUGCAAGAAAACGUGGUCAGGAACGCUCCAUUUUUGGCUUUGAAGUUGUUUGAUAUUGAAGAGUUAUCUCUCUCUUACUCUUUGGCAACACAUGGAAAGGAAGAAAGAAAUAUUAUGGAUAAGACACACAGUAUUUUGGCCGAAGCAAGCAAUAAAGAUGUAGUUUUCUCAGAAUUAUCGUCAUCUAGAUCAAGAUCGUCUAGAAGUAGUGUCGUUGAAUUUGAAUAUUAAAUUCUGAACCUUAAUUGCCUAUGUUUUUCACUCCUUUUUUAAUAAAUGAGCAUUCUGAUAA